AACGCAACAAGUGAGGUCAUCAAAGUUGAUCGCAGAGUUCAGAUCAACAACGUGACUGUUUCUCGUUAUUGUUGACUGUUACAAUCCAUUAAGAAAUGUCUGGUAAGGGGAAGCAAAGUUCAAAGAAAGCUGUCGUCAAGGGACGUGAGUCUGGAAAGACCGCGCAGUCCUCACUGGUGAAUCAUUCUGAGACGAGUGCGGAAACUCCAGAACCGAUGAUGUCUCUGAAUGUUUUAAAGACAGUCGACAACAAUCGAGACUUGCCAAAAUAUACUGAGCUCUUGAACCGUACAGAGGAAGAUGGCAUACAAAAAGAGGAUAUCGAUGCGUUACAACUGGAGCUGGAGAUGCUUCUAUCAUCGGCUGUUGUACGAUGUCGCACGCUUCAAGAGGAGAUUACCAGCUUAUCGUCAGCAGAGGAACGUCGAGAUAGGCGAUCGAAAAGCGGCAAAAGUUUGUCUCUUCUUGACAAGAAAGUACGUGAGGAGAAACUGAAGCCAAAGGAAGUCAGCACCAAGAGUCAGUCGCCCUUGCAUACAAAACUAUUCAAACAGAAAGCGGUAGGAAACUCAACCAAUCAAGUAGUGCCGAAUGUUCAUGAAAUCGCGAGGAUCGAGGGGACGAAAGAUGCCCCAAAGAUACUCUUACCAAAGAACGAUACGCCUAACAAAUUCUGGGCGUCUGUUGACCCUUAUUGCACCGACAUUAUGCCUGAUGAUAUUAAGCUGCUGGAGGAAUUGAUCACUACUCACAGUGAUACCAGCGAAUUCAAGAAGAUCCCUCCUCUAGGUCGUCACUAUAGUCUGAUGUGGGCACAUAAUGAUCUGCUGCAAGAGGAAGAUGCGGCCAAUCCAAACAGAGAGAAGAAAAAGAAUCGCACGGAUAUGUCACAUCUGAUAGCUAAAAAUGAUAAGAAAGUUAAUGGCAUUGUGGGACCUUUAACUCAGAGAUUGGUCUCUGCGCUUUUGGAGGAAAAUGUGUAUGUAGGAAAUAAUAACACAGAGAAUAAAUUAUUCCGAGAAGGGGAUUCCACUGUCUUGAGGAAUCUGACUAUACAGAACUCCAUGAGCCUGGAGAUGCGGAUGCACAAGGAGUUAGUCGAACAGGGAAUCCUAGAGCCAGAUGGACAAAAGAAGAAUCAGGAGGAUGAUGAGAUACUCGCUGAAAUUAAGAGAUGCCAGCAGGAGCUUACCUCUUUGUCGAAUCACAAUGUCACGCAACUUAAGAGGUUACUGAAUCUGGCACAGGAGGAGAGCAAGAGGCAAGCGUUGAAGCGGAAAAUUAGCAGCGCGGAUAAUGAAGUGAUAGAGCAUUAUAAAAAAUUGACCCUCGCGAAACAGAUGAAGAUGCCACUGACGAAGAAAGAGCAGGACAAGGCGUGGGCGUGUCUUCGUGUGAGGGAGAGUCUCUUGGAGCAAUUGAGCGUUGCUAAAUAAUAAUCCUAGAUGUUUAACACUAGCUUUGCUAGUGUUCCAGCAUAAUUGCGAGAUAUUUCUUAAAUACACGCACACAUACGCACGUAUCUUGCGCGUGUUACGUACAACCACAUUGUCGUAGUGCUAUGUACGUGAGAUUGCUGCUCUUUCGCGAUGAUAAUAUUUUGUUUGGACGUCGUGAAAAUAGUACAAUGUCAUAGUUCAUUGAAUGCUCGUACUCCAAGAGAUACAUAUAUAUGUAUAGAUGUAAUAUAAGGAAAGAAAAUUACUUACAUAUUGUGAUACAAAAGUUCAUUAACACAACAUAAAUUUAGAAUUUAGGAAAUUCGCUAUACACCAAAUUCGAACAUAUAUACGAUACUUUGUUAAUGCGUAGGAUAUUAUAACAUUGAUUAUUGGGUGUAUGUACCCAGUAUAUGAAGAACUGAAGGAAAAUUAUGGAACUAGGAUUCAUUUUUACCAAGAAAUCUCACUUGAGAUAACGUAUAUUGACACGUUGGCUCUCUCUGCCGGUGUAUGUAUCAUCGGUAAUAUAUUUGAUAUAAAUAACUUGGAAGUCAAUGCAUUACCAGUGGUACAUUCAACUUAUAUAGAAUGAAUAUCGUUGAUUAAACGAAUAUUUUAACUCGUGCUUUCCCGAAGAAGAUGACAUUUUUCUGCGUUCGCACAAUUGGACAGACUUCGCUCGUGAAUGAACUAUGCGACCAACGUAUUGAGUUUAUAAUCUAACAAUAUCGCGAAGUACGCGCACAUCUGUGCAAUUGUCAACACGUGGAAACUUGCCUCUUUACUUGGAAUUGCGUUUUGUUGAAAGACGAUUUUUCAUCGCCAUUAUUAAUUAUUCAUCGAUAUCUUCCUUCCAUCAAGAUUUUUAGCAUUAAAAUUUCUGUAAAUAAGAUAUUCGUACAUGCAUGUUAUACAAGCAUGUAUAUUUUAAGAUUCACCUCUAUAUAUAUAUUAAAGUUGAGACUAAGGCAGUGCUGAAAUUUAGAAAAUGGAUGAUCUUUGAUUUAUAAAUAGUAUGUCUUGUAUCAUUAUGUCUAUUUUCAACAACGAGAAUAUAAUUUUUAAUUAUGUUCUAGAGAUAUCAAAGUACAUAUGAAGUUUGAGAAACCUUACAAAAAGUUUAAAUACAUAAGCGUAAAACCGACAACUUUUUUUACGUCACUGAUUUUGACUUAACAUAUUAUACAUAGCCAUGUUAGAUUCACAAUUUUUUCCUUAAGAAAAUUUAUCAUUUUUAAUUAUUACGAGAUUUCAUGACGAUACGUACGCGCACGAUUUAGACUAAACGCAUUUAAAUAGUUUCGAAUAUACUAGCUGUAUUCUGGUUAUUCUAAUUGCAAUUUGGUUAAUAAAUUAUUUAAGAUUUAUA